AUGUCAUGUGAGGGAAAUCAAGAUGCCAUGGAAUAUCACGUCCAUAAAGAGGGAGCUUCAGAUCCCUGGCACAGAGAGUUCCCACGGCAGACUGGAAACAGGGCUGAGUUUCCUAUCCCAAACACUGGGCAAUAUUAUGCAAGGCAAUAUCACUGUUCCUAUAAGACUCCUGAUGGCAGGCCAGAGCACAGUGAUCCUCUGGUGCUGGUGAUGACAGGAUUCUCCUAUGACAAACCCAGACUCUCAGUACACAUCCCUGCAGGAUUCCCAGGAGGGAGCGUGGUCCUCCACCAGAGGUGGAGGCUCAAGUGCUUUGGCUCUUACAUGAAGAACCCACACAUGUUGUCAGUACCCAGUGACCCCCUGGAGCUGGUGUUCUCAGGGACCACCCGAAAACCCACCAUCUGGGCUGAGCCAGGUUCUGUGGUCACCUCAGAGACUCCUGUGACCAUUUGGUGUCAGGGGACCCUGGAUGCCCAAAAAUAUAUUCUUCAUAAAGAGGGAGACCCAGCACCUUGGAAAAUACAGACCCCACUGGAACCAAGGAAAAAGGCCAAGUUCUCCAUUCAGUCCAUGGCAGAGCAACAUGCAGGGCGAUAUUGUUGUUACUAUGACAGUCCUGCUGGCUGGUCUCAGGGCAGUGACACCCUGGAGCUGGUGGUAACAGCCAUCUACAACAGUAAACCCAUCAUGUCAGCCCUGCCCAGCCCUGUGGUGACCUCAGGAAUGAAUGUGACCCUCCAGUGUGUUUCACAACAUGGAUAUGACAGGUUCAUUCUGACCAACAAAGGAGAACAGAAGCUCUACAGGACACUGGACUCACAACACUUAUCGACGGGUCAAUUCCAGGCUCUGUCCCCUGUGGGCUCUCUGACCCCAAACAGCACCUUACAGUCCCAGGGUCACACAGUGGAGAAUCUCAUCAGGAUGAGUGUGGCUGGCUUGGUCAUUGUCGUCCUUGGGAUUCUGCUGUUUGAAUGUCAGCACAGCCAGAGAAGGAUCCAAGAGGCUUCUGGGAGUGAAGAGAAGAGACAUCAGUGCCCCCUUCAUGUUGGCUGA